AUGUCGCCGCUGUCGGUACUCAUCAGCCUUUUACUCUUGACCGCUUCGGCGAUUGCCUUGUCGGUUCACAUCCACUUCGAUCGCUUCGUACAGUCGACAGGAUUUGACGUGGUCAACGCCACCGGGGUCCGUGUUCGUAAGUACAACCGGACCACCACAGUCCUGGACGGCGAAGGCGAACUCUUCCGGAACCUGGAUGAUGACUACAGAUUUACCCUGACCGUUGCCUACAGCCGGAUGGGCAACAACCAGUUCGACGAGUAUCCGCUGAAAAUUGCCAAAGCCACGAUUUGCUCUAUAAUGAAUGGGCCGUACAAGGACUAUCAGUACCUAUUCAAGGACUACAGUAACAUGCCCCAGGUUGGAGAUGAGCGGUUCUGUCCGUUUCCGCCGGGCCGCUACUGGGUAAAGAACUGGGCCAUCGAUGGCAGCUUUGUUCCACCGGUGGUUCCAAGCGGUUACUGGCGAUUCACAAGCAACAUACUGGAUUCGAAGGACAAGGUCGUGGUACAAUACCUCGCUUAUUUCCAUAUCAGUAAGGAUAUGUUCUAA